AUGCAGUCACUGGACAAACAAAAACUCUUAAAAUCAAUAGGCAAUGUUUUUCACAUUUUAGAACUCUUUGCAAGUCAUUUUACGCAACAUUUGGAAAACGAAACUUUGAGGCAUUUAGCAGAAGAUCUACCAGAAUAUAUCUUAAAUUCCAGGGCGAAUAACACGAUAAAAACGUACUAUUAUUCUUUUAAUUCAUGGAAUACAUGGUGUCAAAAAUAUUCUGUAUCAAAAUUACCAGCUCCACCGCUAACAGUUGCGUUGUACAUACUUAACCUAACCCAAAUGAACAAUUCUUAUCCUAAAAUCGAAAUCGCAUUGUACGCUAUCCAGUAUUUUCACAAUUUGACAGGCUACAAUAACCCAUGCGACCACACUUUACCAAAAAAUAUGCUCGAAGCCGCUAAACGCCUACUACAACAUCAAACUCGCAAGAAAGCCAUAAUCACGGUUGAACAUUUGCACGCAUUACAUAAACAACUUGUUAAAAGCGAAGCUGUUAACCUUUACAAACUUAGAACUUUUAAUAUCUUUCUCUUGGGAUUCUGUGGCUUUCUUAGGUUUUCGGAAAUUAGUAAUCUGAAAAGAUGUGACGUCAAUUACAAAAAUAGCUUCAUGAAACUGUUCAUAGCGAAAAGCAAAACAGAUAUCUACAGAGAAGGACACUGGGUUUACAUCGGCGCUUGCGGAAAUGGGAUCUGCCCAGUAUAUAAUUUAACUGAGUAUAUGAAGUAUGUACCUGCUAAGCCUGAUUCCUAUCUGUUUAGAGCGGUCACAGUUACAUCAAACAACAAAUUCGGAAGUUUUAAAAAGAUGAAUCGCCCAAUCAGCUACACAACAACAAGAGAAAAUGCACUCGAUGCACUGGCAUCAAUCGGAUUGGAUAGGACAAGAUUCGGACUCCACAGCCUACGUGCUGGAGCAGCAACAGCAGCGGCAAAUGCAGACGUCCCAGACCGUCUUUUUAAACGACAUGGUAGAUGGCGUUCGGAGACAGCCAAAGAUGGUUAUGUGGAGGACGACGCAGAGCAUUUACUAUAUGUUACAAGGAAUCUAGGCCUUUGA